UAAAACUCAGCAAGAAGGCGGCCCAGAGAAGUACCUUUUCUCCAUCCCCUGAUGUCUUCAGAUUUAGCUACAUUUUGAAUUGCUGAAGUACCUGCUGGCUGUUGUACUUUUCCUGGAAAAUGUUGGUAGUGCAUCAGAACAACUGACUGCAGUUGCUACAGCAGCACUGGCACGUUAUCUGGAAAAUCUGAGAAUGGAUUGACUAUAUUUUACACUAUUGCAAGUUUACAGGCCAUGAAGUAAAGCCUUGGAAAUGACGCUACAAAUGAUAAAGCUCAUCUUAGAAGGCUAGAACUUCUGUGCAAAAGAGCUGUAAUCAGUUAAAUACUGGAACCACUGCUGAUUUGGUUGCAUCCUCCAACAUGACCAGUCCUCAGCCUACAAUAGAAGGCAGUGUUUCAGAAGUUGAGAUAAUUUCGCAACAAGUGGAAGAAGAGACCAAAAGCAUUGCUCCUGUACAGCUUGUGAAUUUUGCCUAUCGAGAUCUCCCAUUAGCCGCACUUGACCUGUCUGUGGCUGGGUCCCAGCUUUUGUCAAAUUUGGAUGAGGAGUACCAAAGAGAAGGAUCUAACUGGCUAAAACCGUGCUGUGGGAGACGAGCAGCUGUGUGGCAGGUAUUUUUGCUCAGUGCAAGUCUCAACAGUUUCCUGGUAGCCUGUGUAGUGUUGGUGGUGAUUCUUCUGACUCUGGAACUCCUAAUAGAUAUAAAGCUUCUCCAGUUUUCAAGUGCUUCACAGUUUGCAGGAGUAAUUCACUGGAUCAGCCUAGUCAUCCUGUCUGUUUUCUUUUCAGAGACUAUUUUGAGGAUUGUGGUCCUUGGCAUAUGGGAUUACAUUGAAAACAAAAUAGAGGUGUUUGAUGGUGCUGUCAUAAUCUUGUCCUUGGCACCAAUGGUGGCCUCAACAGUGGCUAAUGGCCCCAACAGCCCAUGGGAUGCUAUCAGCCUUAUUAUCACAUUACGAAUAUGGAGAGUGAAGAGGAUCAUUGAUGCCUAUGUCCUUCCAGUGAAAGUGGAGAUGGAGAUGAUGAUUCAGCAAUAUGAGAAGGCAAAGGUUAUUCAAGAUGAACAGCUGGAAAGACUAACCCAGAUCUGCCAAGAACAAGGGUUCGAGAUCAGACAGCUGAGGGCCCACCUUGCUCAGCAAGAUUUGGACCUGGCUGCAGAGAGAGAGGCCGCGCUGCAAGUCCCCCAUGUACUGAACAAACAGAGCAGCAACAGAUACAAGGUGGUGGCAACUGAAGAUUCAGACGAUGAAGGCACCGAGAACAUCACUGAGUUGCAGACUCCACGAGAAGAUGACAUGAAUAAUUACAUCAGUCGAUACUACAAUGAACCUAGCAGUGACAGCGGCAUUCCCACAGCAGCUGUCUGUGUUGUUACCACCGCCGCCAUCGAUGUCCAUCACCCCAACAUCUCUUCCGACGUGUUCACAGUGGAGGUGCCGCUGCGGCUGAACAGCACCGGGACAUCUGCCAGCAUCACAUCGGGCAGCGCGUCCCGCUCCACCAUCAGCUCCGGUACCCAGCCGUGCAGCGAGAGCAGCCAGACCCUGGGCUCCUCCCCAGAGUGCAGCAUGACCUGUGAGGAUGCUGCAGAGGCUGGCACCAGCCUGCAGGCUGACCACCUGUGCACUGAGCAGCAGGUGGCACAAGCCAUGGUGCAGGAGCUGCUCUCCUCCCUGUCAGAAGAGGUCUGCCUGGCUCAGAGGAGUCUGGACCCUGUCAACCUGAAGCGGCCCAGCCCAGGAGACUCAGCAAGGGCCAGCCCCAACCUGGGCCACCGGCUCACCAUCUACAACCGCAGGAACCAGGACAGCCUUGAUGUCUUCCAGCUCCAACCGCUCAUCGAUUGUCCACAGGGGGCCCCAGUGAUUGAUGAGAAGUAUAGGGCACUAGGGCGCCCCGAGCCACCGCAGGACAAGGUCCCCAAGGCAUAAGGAGAACUGUGGGGGCACACUCACUGUGCAGGCACACUCACGAUGCUGGGUCAUCAGGCUGCCGCAGGCAAGGCACCAGUAUUGGAGGCAACCCAGACCAGCUCCUGGAAUAGGUGCCAGCCCUGGGCCAGGCCAGCACCUCCCCACUGGUGCCCACAGGACACAACCAGCCCACCCACCUCCAUAUCUGGGCCAGCCCAGACCUACGGUGUUCUUUGGGCACAGUGGACCUUCCAGCCCUCUUCAGCCCAGACGGACCCUCUGUGCUUGGUGGGGGGGAGAACAGACUGCAGCCCUGUCCUGCCCUCAGCCUGGGUCCAGCCCCAAGGUGCACAGACCUUCCCCUGCUUCAGAGCCACAGGGCCCAGGGGGCAGGACAGAGAAAGCAGCCAAUCUAGGCCCAGCCUGGCCUCCUAGCUCACCAUCCUCCCUGCCAGGGGGCUGAGCAUAGCUGGAAGGGAGUAAGGAUGGCAAUAAACACUGACAAACACUGGUGCCUCCCUUGUUCCUACCUUCCCUUCCUAUUUUUUCCAUCCUUCCUUCUUUCCCGUACCUCUCCUUUCUUCGCUUUC